AGAGGUGGGAUAUCUGUGUGGGUCUUUAAAUCUCUUAAUACAGAUUUAACAUUUUGCACUUGACCUUUUUGUCAUAGAUUGCAGUGAUGGAUGUCUGCAAUAAUUAAUUAAUUUAUAAGUUUCAUAACUUUUUAAGUUGUCAAUUACAAAAUAUUUGAUGGUACUAUGGGAGGGUUUGCAAUACAGCUGCAAAGAGAGUGAUGUUGAAUUUUAUAUCUUUCACUAAUCUAGCUGCUGUACUGUUGUUAUGGUUAUAUCAGGUUUCAUGAGUCAGGCAAAGUGAUAUCAGAUAGCACUGGCAGUACAAGACAGGAAGAAAUGGCAGCAACCAUGUCAGAGGAUAAUGCUGAAAGGGAGGAAAGGGCCUCAACAUCACUCAAUGCUGUUUUCUCAGCCAGUACCAGCCCAUCAGCGGAGCCUGCCAUUGAAGAGUGGAAGAUUGAACCGGAUCUUGAAUCAGCUGCCCGGAUAUAUCGAAGACAGAUCUUAAAGAAUGCAGAUGACAAACCAGACCUAGUUGUUACACUAGAUCUGCACAGCUGUGAAAAGGAUCGUGAACGAGAAAUGUUAGCUUUUUAUAAACGUCCAAAUGUUGAUUGGACAAGUCCAUUAACUGUAAAACUUAAAGGAGAUGCUGCAUUAGGGGAUGGAGUAAAACGGCACUUUUUCACAUUGAUAAUGGAAAAGCUCCACCAUGGAUUUGAACUUGACAUUGAUAACUGUGGCAAAACGCUGCUCUUCAAUGGCGAAGAUGAUCACAAGGUUCCUUCAACAUCCAGAGCACUCUUGGAUGGUGAUCUGUUCAGAGUUGUGGGAAGAAUGAUUGGACAUACAUUUAUUAAUGAAGGUCCACUCUACUCAGGACUUAGUCCAGCUUUCUUCCCCCUUUUAAGUGGCAGUAAGGACGAUACUCCACUUUUCGAAUUGAAGGACUGUCCUGAUACAGAUGUGAUUGAAGUUGUGUCCCUUCUGGAAAGCCAGAAUGAACUGAAUCAGAAUGAAAUGGAUAAUAUCAACAACCUGGCCAUCAACUGGGACUUGCCAGCAGUCAGCAACAGCAACAGAAGGUGGUUGGCAGAAACCAUUCUCCACCAUGGGGUUAUUGGUCGACGUGAAAAACAGAUCUCUCAGCUGCGGAGAGGACUCAAAGAUACAGGUGUUUUGAGAAUGAUAAAAGAACGACGCAGUUUAACUGCAGUACUGUUUCCCAGAUCUUCUGCACUGCUGAUGGAACCAGAGAUGAUACUUAGGAAAGUCAUCUGGCCAGAACCUGACAGUGAUGAUGAAGCCCCUUUGAACCUGGAGCAAUCUUGUGAUGUUACAGCUUUCUUGCGUGAAUAUAUUCAAACAGGAUCACCUGCUGAACUGUGCGAGUUGCUGAAGUUUUGGACUGGCUGGGCUGUUCUCCCUCAACACCUGUAUGUGGAAGUAUCACCUGACCUAUCACUCCCAGUGGCUUCAACCUGCCUCACAACACUGAAACUCCCUUUAAGAUGCAGAACCUUUCUUGCAUUUACACAAGCAAUGAGAGCCGCAGUUUCAUCCACAAGAUUUGGCUUUGGCCUUAUCUGAGUUGUA